AUGUCUCACGAUUACGGCUUGGGUGUUGGCUUCGAGCCAAUGCACGUCGACCGCAAGUCUCUAUACACAAGCCUCGAGGAGAGAAUCAAGUAUUUGCAUCAUUUCCUCGACUUCAAUGCCGACGACGUUGAAGCUCUCGCAAGUGGAGGCAAAUAUCUCAAGCAACUCAUUCCCGCCGUGGUCAACCUGGUGUAUAAGAAGCUCCUGCAGUACGACAUCACCUCGCGCGCCUUUCACACGCAAUCGACGGCGGAUGAGACCGAGCCAGAACAAGAAUACUUGGACGAGGACACCCCUCAGAUCAAACGACGCAAGAUGUUCCUCCGCUGGUACCUCAUUCGCCUGUGCCAGGACCCUACGUCCAUGGAUUUCUGGAGAUAUCUGAACAAAGUCGGAAUGAUGCACAGCGGCCAGGAACGCCUGCACUCCCUCAACAUCGAAUUCAUUCACAUCAACGCCUGCAUCGGGUACAUCCAAGACAUCUUCAUCGAAGCGUUGAUGUCUCAUCCCCAGCUCUCCCUCCGCCGGAAGAUCGCUCUCGUCCGCGCAGUCAACAAGAUCAUCAUGAUUCAAAACGACCUCUUCGCCAGACACCGUGUCCGUGACGGUGAAGAGUACGCCGACGAGAUGUCCGAGUACAGCUUCUCCAGGGAGGGAUGGGUGAACGGCAAGAAAAUUCUGGGCAGCAGCGACGCCAGCUCGGUCGACGACGAUUCGGCCAGCAUUGUGAGCACCACGACGCCUUCAACACACAGUGCGGCCCCCUCGGCGCAGACAGAUCACACGACGAACACGAAUCAGUCUGCGUACAGUGUGGAUCCUCAGGGGUCGAUUUGUCCCUUUGCAGACUUGGCCAAGAACGUCGGAACUUCAACGAAGAUCUGGGCCAAUUGA